GAGGGAGAGAGAGAGAGAGAGAGAGAGAGAGAGAGAGAGAGAGAGAGAGAGAGAGAGAGAGAGAGAGAGAGAGAGAACGAGAACGGGAGGGUGAGAGAGAGGCUGGCUGCUAGAGAAGAGGAGGAGAGCAGAGGGAGAGGGGGAGCGAGCUAGCGCUCCAAGCAUGAGGACUGGCUGCUCCCGGCUCAGUUAAUCUGGCUGUCAGUCGGUGUUAACGCUGCAGUUUAACUGCUCGGCUCCCCUUCCAAGAGAAACAAGAGAAACCUCACAGAAGGAAGGGAGGAAGGAAAGAAGCAAGCAAGGAACUGCAGGAAGAAAAGAGCCUGCAGAACAUCAAGAAGAAUCAAAGGGAGGGGAGGGAAGACCAAAUCUAUGGUUGGACCAGGGCUUCUUUUUCGCCAAUGUAAAAAGGAAUAUGCCGUACAUCUUUGCCUUUUUCUGCACCGGUUUUCUAGGUGCGGUUGUGGGUGCCAAUUUCCCCAACAAUAUCCAAAUAGGGGGAUUAUUUCCAAGCCAACAAUCCCAGGAACAUGCGGCUUUUAGGUUUGCUUUGUCACAACUCACGGAGCCCCCCAAGCUGCUCCCCCAGAUCGAUAUUGUGAACAUCAGCGACAGCUUUGAGAUGACUUACCGAUUCUGUUCCCAGUUCUCCAAGGGAGUCUAUGCCAUCUUUGGAUUUUAUGAACGAAGGACUGUCAACAUGCUGACCUCCUUCUGUGGGGCCCUCCACGUGUGCUUCAUUACUCCAAGUUUUCCCGUUGACACAUCCAACCAGUUUGUCCUUCAGCUGCGCCCGGAACUACAGGAAGCUCUCAUUAGCAUUAUCGACCAUUACAAGUGGCAGACCUUUGUCUACAUUUAUGAUGCUGACCGGGGCCUGUCCGUCCUGCAGAGAGUCUUGGAUACAGCUGCAGAGAAGAACUGGCAGGUGACAGCUGUCAACAUUCUGACAACCACCGAGGAAGGAUACCGGAUGCUCUUUCAGGACCUGGAGAAGAAAAAGGAGAGGCUGGUGGUGGUGGACUGUGAAUCAGAACGCCUCAACGCCAUCCUGGGCCAGAUUGUGAAGCUGGAAAAGAACGGCAUCGGGUACCACUACAUCCUCGCCAAUCUGGGCUUCAUGGACAUUGACUUAAAUAAGUUCAAAGAGAGCGGAGCCAACGUGACAGGUUUUCAGCUGGUGAACUACACAGACACGAUCCCAGCCAGAAUCAUGCAACAAUGGAAGACAAGUGAUGCCCGAGAUCACACCAGGGUAGACUGGAAGAGGCCAAAGUAUACAUCCGCUCUUACCUAUGAUGGCGUGAAGGUGAUGGCUGAGGCCUUCCAGAGCCUGCGGAGGCAGAGGAUUGACAUAUCCCGCCGGGGGAAUGCUGGGGACUGUCUGGCUAACCCAGCUGUGCCCUGGGGCCAAGGGAUCGACAUCCAGAGAGCCCUGCAGCAGGUGCGCUUCGAAGGUUUGACAGGAAAUGUGCAGUUUAACGAGAAAGGGCGCCGGACCAAUUAUACCCUCCACGUGAUCGAAAUGAAGCAUGAUGGAAUCCGCAAGAUUGGUUACUGGAAUGAAGAUGAUAAGUUUGUCCCCGCAGCCACCGACGCUCAGGCUGGAGGGGACAACUCAAGCGUCCAGAAUAGAACCUACAUUGUCACUACUAUCCUCGAAGAUCCUUACGUGAUGCUUAAGAAGAAUGCCAACCAGUUUGAGGGCAAUGACCGUUAUGAGGGCUACUGCGUGGAGCUGGCUGCGGAGAUCGCCAAGCAUGUGGGCUACUCCUACCGACUUGAGAUCGUCAGCGACGGCAAAUACGGAGCCCGGGAUCCCGACACAAAGGCCUGGAAUGGCAUGGUGGGAGAGCUGGUCUACGGAAGAGCAGAUGUGGCAGUGGCUCCUUUGACCAUAACCUUGGUCCGGGAGGAAGUCAUCGACUUCUCAAAGCCAUUCAUGAGUUUGGGAAUCUCCAUUAUGAUUAAGAAGCCACAGAAGUCCAAGCCAGGUGUCUUCUCCUUUCUUGACCCUUUGGCCUAUGAGAUCUGGAUGUGUAUAGUGUUUGCCUACAUUGGAGUGAGCGUCGUCCUCUUCCUGGUCAGCCGGUUCAGCCCCUAUGAAUGGCACAGUGAAGAGUUUGAAGAGGGACGAGACCAGACAACCAGUGACCAGUCAAAUGAGUUUGGCAUAUUCAACAGCCUGUGGUUCUCCCUGGGGGCCUUCAUGCAGCAAGGAUGUGACAUUUCCCCCAGGUCUCUGUCUGGACGCAUCGUCGGUGGUGUCUGGUGGUUCUUCACUUUGAUCAUCAUCUCCUCAUACACAGCCAACCUGGCUGCCUUCCUGACUGUGGAGAGGAUGGUGUCUCCCAUUGAGAGUGCAGAGGACCUGGCAAAGCAGACGGAAAUUGCUUAUGGGACAUUGGAAGCAGGCUCCACUAAGGAGUUCUUCAGGAGGUCUAAAAUCGCUGUGUUUGAAAAGAUGUGGACGUACAUGAAAUCUGCAGAACCGUCCGUGUUUGUUCGGACCACAGAGGAGGGCAUGAUCAGAGUGAGAAAAUCUAAAGGCAAAUAUGCCUACCUCCUGGAGUCCACCAUGAACGAGUAUAUUGAGCAACGCAAGCCCUGUGACACCAUGAAAGUGGGAGGUAACUUGGAUUCCAAAGGCUAUGGCAUUGCGACACCCAAGGGGUCCGCCCUGAGAGGUCCCGUAAACCUAGCGGUUUUGAAACUCAGUGAGCAAGGCGUCUUAGACAAGCUGAAAAGCAAAUGGUGGUACGAUAAAGGGGAAUGUGGAAGCAAGGACUCCGGAAGUAAGGACAAGACCAGUGCUUUGAGCCUCAGCAAUGUGGCAGGCGUGUUCUACAUCCUGAUUGGAGGGCUGGGACUGGCCAUGCUGGUUGCCUUAAUCGAGUUCUGCUACAAAUCCCGUAGCGAGUCGAAGCGGAUGAAGGGUUUCUGUUUGAUCCCACAGCAAUCCAUCAAUGAAGCCAUACGGACAUCGACCCUCCCCCGGAACAGCGGGGCAGGAGCCAGUGGAGGAGGCGGCAGUGGAGAGAAUGGCCGGGUGGUCAGCCAAGACUUCCCCAAGUCCAUGCAAUCCAUUCCCUGCAUGAGCCACAGUUCAGGGAUGCCCUUGGGAGCCACAGGAUUGUAACUGGAGCAGACAGGAAACCCUUGGGGAGCAGGCUCAGGCUUCCCCAGCCCCCAUCCCAAGCCCUUCAGUGCCAAAAACAAAGAAACAGAACACCACCUCCAACCACCACAACCAUAUGGAGGACAAUUCAGCCAAUGUCCCUGAAGAAUUAAAAAAAAAAAAAAAUCCACUAGGCCGCCGUCCCUUUUAUUUGGGGAUUUUUUUUUUCAACCUUUUCCAUUUGCUAAGUGAAGAUGGUCACUAACUCUAUGCUGCAAUAAUGGGAGAAAUCCUGUCCAAGGAAGUCUAACGUUUCUGAGAAUGGAGUCACUGGGAUAUCAAUGAAGAAAUCAAACUGUUUAAUUUUAAUUCAGUUGUUAACGUGUCUUAGUGUGUGCAUUAUUUUCUUACUAAUACCCAUGGUUUGCAGGCUCUGUUCCACCCUUUUCCUUCUUAUCCCCAGCCCCACCCCCACCCCUUCCCAUCACUCUUCAGUUUCAGAUUGAAGACUCACGAUUGGUUCCACCUUACAAGCAAGGAAAGGAAUACUUGACCUUCAGAUUCAUUCAGUGUUGGAGCUCUCCAUGAUACCUUCCAUCCUGUGGCCCACACCUUGGAUGGAGGCAGACUACUGGAGAAGGGGGCGACCUUCCCCAGAGAGAAUACUACCUAAAUGCUGAUUCAUCAGAGAAUAAUGAAGAGCAUCUCAGAUAAGGGUUUUAAAACGGGUGGAGGGGCUGGGCAGAGUAUAGUGGAGGAGGACUUGUUAAGUUGAUUGUUGCUAGAAAGAAGCUUCCUGUAAUGCUCAAGAGCAUUCCACGGGCCAUAGAGUACCAAUAUGGUAUACCUCUUUACAAAGUCAAUCUCAGCCCCCAGAAGGUGUGUUCUACUACACUCAGGCCCAAAGGCAGUGUGGUGGCCAAAGGGCAACUGGCCUCUUGAACCCAGUAGAGCCUUGCAAAGAGCUGGCAGUCAGGGAGGUAUCAUAUAUGAUUCUUGCCUUUCCUUUGCUUGAUGUCUAUGCUGGAUUCCCCAUGGUGGAGUAGGACUCUCUGUGGAGCCUCUGGCAUAAGAGGAAAUGUUGCCCAAGCUACAUGCAAAAGGAAGGUGAUAAGGAAUUAUGGAAAUCCAUCCAAGACCCUGCCGCAGAGCCUUCUGUGCUGUUUCCUGUCCUAGGUUUGAGAGACCAAAUAUGAACUUGUGAGUUAUGUCAAUGCAGAGAACUGGGGUUUUGUGUUAAUAGAGUAUUGUUUUAGCAUGUGAUCAGAUCUUAAGAAAGAAAGACAGCAAAACCUGAAUUAUUUUGAGAGAUGGGGAUGAGGUACGUUACUAAGUACAUCAGGGGACCUUAAGAUGCCUGAGCCCAUCUUCUAACUCUAACACAAGGAUACUAACUUUUUCCCUGGCUAACACAGACUGAGGACAUUGCAUUACAAUGGCCAGAAACUACACCCAUGAAUGCAAUGACCAGAGUGAAGGACAGCCAGACAGGAAAGGUGACAAGAGCUACCCUGAGUGAUGCUAGGCUGCCUGAACCUUUGGGUGGGAGUGGAAGUCCCUAACACAGUUUUGUGGAGACCUCCACCCUCACUCUUGGUGCAAGUGACUUCCACCUCUUUUGCAGCCACUCCCAGGUGCAUGCUUCAGUGAGUGCCAUAUGCCACUAGCUUUUACCAAUAACCAUAUCCUGGCUUAUUCUCCUUCCCUCUGCUUUCAUCCAAUCUUCCCUAUUAGGGGUUAUCAUUAGCAAUGGACAAGCUGAAGAUUUUGGAACCUAUUCAUGGUUUAGGGCAGUAGAACUGGCUUCCUCUGUGGAUGCUUCCAGUGGACAACCACCAUCUCUGUGUCUCUCUCAGUCUCUCUUCAUCAGCCAUAGCAAAGAAGCAUCCCAGAAUCAAUCCUUCACCUGUUGAUCAGUUUCUCCCGUGUCACCAUGGGCAUGGCGUGUGAAGCAGUGUCCUGGAGAUGGGUUACCGCCUUUUAUUUCUGCCAGCUGUCCUCCCAGCCUCCUGCCUACCACUGUAGACUCUGGUGUGAUGCGCCACACCUAGGAAGAGAUGGAACUAAACUCUACCAUCAGCUGCUUCAAAAACCUUUUGCCUAUGGCCUGGGAAGAUAUUCUCCAGCCCCUGAGCCUAUUGGUUGGAUAGAGAAAAACUGUGGUGGAAAUGAGGGUCUUGCUGGGAGGGCUCCAUGACUCUGGGGAAGAUGCUUCUCACCAAGGGGUGUGUGGAAAGAAAACAGAAGUGAGAAAGAAGUUACCUUGUAUUAUGUAUUUUUACUACACUUUUCUUAAAAAUGGAGCAGUGGGAAAACUCUGAAAGAGAUUGACAUUUUUCUCAACAGGAAUCCAUACUUAACAGUUCUGGCUUUCAUUAAAUUUUGCUCUUUGGUACCUGGGCCUUUUAUUUAACAUCUAUAUUUAUUUUAACUCUCUUGGCAGAUGUGUGAGGGGAAAAAAAAAAACUCUCGUUUGAUCAGACACUAAAUAUUUGGGAGAGGGUUUCCUGUUUUAUUUUCAAAUAGCUAGGGAUUUUUUCCCCUUUUUUGGUAUUUGCAUAACAUGAACAAUAUCACCAAGAAUUAAAUCAUUGUGGACCCAUUA